AUGUCGUGGUUUGCGUCAUGGCUGCCCUCAAUCCCAACUAUCAACCUUGCCAUCCCCACUAGCAUCCAAGGACGCUUUGUCUCGUUCUUCCUGAAGAAGUUUCUCGGACACCUGUUCAAGCCUGGCCAGCUCGAUACUCCCCAAAUUGACUCUCAGAUUGGAUCAGGAUAUGUGCAAAUCAACGACCUCGAGUUGGAUCCAACAAUUAUCAACUCCUAUCUUACGGGACUACCGCUGCUCUUGGAAACCGGGACUGCCAAAGCAGUUACAGCUCGAAUUCCCUGGCCUAAUCCAUUGACAUCCAACAUCGGCUUCUCCCUUAGUGGCCUCCAUCUCACCCUGCGGGUUCAACCGUCCCGUCGCCCACAUCUUAACCCUGACAUCGACCUUGCGGACUCUGUAGUCUCUGUAGCGGAGAGCUUUGUCCAAGAGGAGCUUUCGGAUCCGCAAGAGGCAAAGCUCUGGGAGUCAUUCCACGCUGCAGUCGCGCACCAUGAUCCUGAAACGGACGAUGACCAUACCGUUCCAGGAGGCUUGGAGUCAUUUGUACCGGACAGCGAGGGAGACAAAGGCAGCCAGGAAGUCGACCCUAUCGGUGUUUCCAUGUUCGCCACCUUGAUAGAGCGGUUGUUGGCACGAUUCCACUUCGACGCCCGAGAUAUCAGCAUCACGGUGGUGGACCCAGACAACAUUACUCUGAAGUUCUCACUUUCUGAGAUCCGGUACUCGACUAGAGAAGGAACGGCGCAGGGAGAUGCUGAUUCAGAGGCCGGGAUGAAACGCAGCUUAUCCCUGCAUGGAAUAAAGUUGUCCUCUAUCCAGCAUAUCCCCAACACAAGCCGUUCCACCACACGGCCUAGCUCACCCACGGUCGGGGAUGUCGACACGGAACACCACAUUUCCCGUAGCAACACCCCCAGCUCUUCGAGUUCGUCCUCUUCGUCAUUGGACGAAGACGCUCAGUUUCAGAUGUCACAAUCCCUAGCCGUCCUUCCACCUCGCCCCAACCUCCUUGCAGAGUCGACGACGAGCAGUAUCUAUCAUAGCAUCAUAUCCGAAGCACCAACGCUCGGGCAGAGUCGCGUCGCCUCGUACCCAACAUCAUCUGAAACUACCCCGCCUAACCGCAAUUCUCAGCCUGAAAGACCUGAAAUAUCUGGGGAGGAACAUGUCGUGUUAUCAUUUGGCGCGGUCCCAUUGGAAAUAUGCCUGACGACACCUCCUCCGGGGCAGGCAAACCCAGGAGUCAAGGCUUCGAACGAGAAGUAUCGAGUGGAUAUUUCCUGCGGUUCUAUAGCCAUCGCACUCCAGCCAUGGCAAGUUUCAGGGGUACUCCAUCUGAUGGAGAAGCUAUCUGAUGGCCCCUCGUCGCAGUCAUCGUCUUCCAAGUCUCCCCCCAAAGACCUUCCAUUCACCUUUGACGCUGAGGCGAGAAUCCGGUCUAUCAGUUUUCUCUUAUUUGCCUCUCCAUUGCUGGGAUCCAUUUGCGAUGAACCGAUCGAUGACUAUUUCGAACAUCCUCUCGUCCCUCCUAGGCUUGGGAGUGGUUAUACAAGACUUUUAAUAGACACGGCGGCUGCCCACGCCUCGUGGUUAGAAUCAGGGCUAUCUGCUUCGCUCACUGUGGGGGACUUCUCCGUUUUCCAGUUCACAGGCUCCAGAGCAAUGAGCGACCCUAUCGCCAAAUUACCUGCUGCAAUCCCCGUCUUGAUUACCGACCCCUAUCUCCCAUCGCAGUACGACUCGCUCCAUGUUUACCCCUCCCGCUCCGAUCCUUUCCAAACCUCCGUCCCACAACCUACAAUCCCUGUCCUUGACUGGUUCGACAAGAAGUGCUUCACCUUUGGUGCAAAGAUAUCACAUUGGAGGACGCGCAAGAAUCCGCAAGAGCGACAUCGACGUCACGCUAAUCAGCCCAAGGACGAUGCCGCUGACGAUGGAGGCAAGAGUCGCCAACCCUCCCUCUGUCUUCGUUUCGAUACGGUUCAAUCUAAAGCACGAAAGAGGGCACCGGCAGCUCAACGCGUGGCAAUAGAUGUGGCACCGCUGCAGGCCUUUGUGGAUAUCGAGAUGCUCCAGGCGGAGGGAGGAAUGGGGUGGUUUUCCGAGCACGUAAAUGCAUUGAAUGACGGCAGAGCAAGGAAAUCUACCAUCUCGGCUCGAGACGGAUAUCUCAGUGACGAAGAAGCCCCGGCAUCCCCUAUCGAACCUCCUUCCCCUCCCGCUAAGGAAACGGUCCCGGUGAAAAGGUCAACUUCGAGCUCAGCUACACUUUCAUGGACAAUCAAUGUACCCAUGCUACGAUUAUCUGUCCGAGCACCCCCUCCUCCAAACCGUCCAAACCGAUCAGGCAUAUUGACAUUCGACGUACACAAGAUUGUCAUCAGUGAUAAAGCUGAAUCUCAACCUCCCCAACUACGAUUUGCGGCUCCCUCCGUCCAAGAGUCGGGCUUCCAGGCAACGGAGGACCGUGUGCACAAGCAACUUUUGGCGCAAAUCGGAUGUGCACGAAUUGUAGCCCCGUCCGAACAUGUUCCCUCUCUUACGCCGCAGAUUUCCAUCUCCAGGCGCAACCCAGGCGAAGAAAAUUCGAUACUGGUACUGUCAAUCGAUAUCCCCUCGGUCUAUAUUGCUGUGUCGAAGAAACAGCUGGAUGCGUUGCAGUAUUGGAUAGACGACCUCAGCCAAGCCAUGGAGAGGAUGAAUGCAUCCCGGAGUCCGAGCGCGCGGUCAGGCAGUCAGGAUUCGAAGGACACGAGCUUGAUUGGCAGCCGGUUCUUCUCUAAAUCCAGGAUGGGAAGUGGAUUCGACCUCCAGAGAGUGGUGGACGAGGGAGUGAAGGUGGCCGUCUCAAUCAAUGUCACAGAAUUCUAUGGUCGCGUGCAUCUUCCUCGUUCCGAUGGUGGUGCAGGAAACAGACCAUUUGAUGUGGCGUGUUCGGACCUCAGUGUUGAUGUCAAAAUGCAUACAGGCGGAAAGAUUGAAGCACUGAUAAAUCUGAUGGAUAUCCUAGUACAAGAUACAGAGGCAUCAGAUAAUGUCCGGACAUUCCUUUCACUGACCUCCCAGCGCAGCUUGAUGGCCAUCCCAGUGCCGCUUCUCAAACUUAGGUUCAUCUCAUCGACUAUCCCAGAGACAACUGCCAAGGAGACCAAAUUCUCUAUCUCCCUCAACGGGUUUACGUUCAACUUUUACCCGGAUCUUGUCUGGUUACAGGAUAUUGCAGAGUUCUCGAAAUCGCCCCCUGGCACUUUCGAAUCUGUUGUCCCCAGCGAGCGCACGCUCGUUAGCCUCAAGAUCACCGACGGGUCGAUACGUGCGCUGGCGCCCUCUCACCCGGGAGCCAUGGUACUCGCUAUUGGAGGGCUUAACUUUGUCACCGACAUUAUAGGAAACUUUCCUGAUACCUCUUUCCGGGUGGAUGUCGCCGCUCUGUCUGCUUUCGCGAUAGAAAAUAUCGCCGACAGGCAAGAGUCGAGAAGAAAGGGGGAUGCCAAUGUGGCGAAUCACUGGAGAGCGAUGGGAUAUGCACUCCUUGCUGACCUCUCGACGAUGAAACUCAAGUACCAAGAAAGCAAGACCAGUUCCCCCGCGAGGCAGAUCAUCAUCGAUGGCUUGUGUCUCAAAGUGCAUGCUUGUGCUGACACCUUUGCUGUUGUCGGAGCUUUUGCCGGGGACCUUGCGUCGCUGUUUAAACCUCCAGAGGAUGAACCAACACAGCAGCCAAUAAAGGCUGACAAAGGCCCGGCUGUUCUUUCGAGGGCUAAGGAAGAAGGUACAACAUUGACAGGAUCGAUCGACGAGGCUGCGUUUCGCCGUGUGCCUGAAGUCGGGCCUGCGCCUGAUAUGAUUUACGACGAUCUGCCAACCAACUUGGAUUACUUGGAUGAAUCAUUCGGAGCCGCAGCGGGCCUUCGGGAGUUGACUGACGACGACUUUGAUGAAUUCGAUGCGCACGAUAUCGAUGCUCAAAAUGUCCAAAUAUCUGAUCAUUUUACCGGUGUCAUCUCGAGCGUCGGAGGCGAGACUAUUAAGCUCCUUCACGAAGAUGGUAUCAACAUCAUCGAGAAUUACUACGACACUCUUCCACGGGAAACCAUCGAGGACCGCCCCAACGCUGGAGAGGAGGCUAUUCGCGUCCGUAUCCACAAUUGCGACGUUUAUCUCCUACUCUAUGAUGGCUACGACUGGCCCAGGACGCGCAAGAUCAUCGAAUCUGAGGUCAAAGAGAUGCGCAAACGCCUUGCCAAAAUUCGACAGCUCGUGGCGAAUGGCCAAGUGCAAGAACCCCAGGCAGUCCCCGAAGAUACGGGGAAAUACCUAUUCAAUUCCCUCUACAUCGGUGUCAAUCAAGAUGUGGAUGCUGCCGAACCGGAUGCACUGAUAGCUGCGAUCGACGAAGAGCUCAGGGAAGAUUUCGAAACAGGGACCCAGAUCCGUGUUCAAGGCAAGAAGUUGAACCGGUCUAAAACUCCUUCAAUGGAGUUCUGUCUGCUUGGAGUGAACGCCGAGUUUAAUCAGUACAACGGGGACAUCCUUUUGGUGUCACGCACUUUCGUCACGGUCAAGGAUUUGGAAAUCCUGGACCACAUCAAGACCUCGACAUGGAAGAAGUUCCUGACGGCGUUACGAUCUGACUCCAAAGGAAACAUUCGGGAAACUGGAGCCAGCAUGGUUCGAAUUGAGCUCCACAAUGUUCGGCCAGCGCCAGGGGAAACGUCCCAGGAGGCUCGAUUACGGGCGAAGAUCCUGCCGAUCCGCCUAUACGUGGACCAAGAUGCGGUUGAUUUCCUGAAGAAAUUCUUUAGCUUCAAAGACCCAGAGGCGCCUGCUGUGUCUGACUCUGAGUCAAGCGACGGUGACGCUUUCAUCCAAAUGGCAGAAAUCUUCCCGAUUGACCUCAAGCUUGACUACAAACCACGGCGUGUAGACUACAGGGCACUCAAAGAGGGUCGAACCAUCGAGCUCAUGAACUUCUUCCACUUCGAUGGGGCAGAGAUGACUCUAAGACAUAUCAAACUGGCUGGGAUAACCGGGUGGCCCAAAGUCUUCGAAAUGUUGAACGACCUGUGGACUCCAGACGUGAAGGCCACCCAGCUCGUGGAUGUCAUAUCCGGCGUUGCACCAAUCCGAUCGAUGGUCAACGUUGGUUCUGGCGUCGCAGACCUGGUUCUCCUCCCGAUAUCACAAUACAAGAAGGACGGCAGGAUUGUGCGUGGAGUCCAGAAGGGAGCAACUGCUUUCGUCAAGUCCACUGCAAUCGAAGCAAUCAAGAUGGGAGCCCGACUUGCGACCGGGACUCAGGUCAUUUUGGAACAGGCGGAAGGGCUCCUCGGCGGUGAUUUCGAUAGGCCAGUCACUGCGGAAACCGUGCCAGUGAUGUUCGAAGAAGAUUUCGAGGCUUCACAAGACGACGAACUCGACAUGAUAUCGAAAUAUGCGCAACAGCCUGCCGACAUCAAGGAGGGUGUUCAGUCAGCGUACAGGAGUCUUCAAAAGAACUUGAGCUCUGCGGCGCAAACCAUCCUUGCAGUGCCGAUGGAGGUGUACGAAAGGUCGGGCAACGAGGGUCCUGUCCGUUCUGUUAUCCGGGCUGUCCCAAUCGCGGUCUUGAAACCAAUGAUUGGAGCCAGUGAAGCCGUCAGCAAAACGUUGCUGGGCUUGCAUAACACGUUGGAUCCGAAUGUGCGCUUGGAAAACGAGGCAAAGUACAAGUAA